AUGCAGGGCUUCAUUAUGUCCCCCCCCGACCAGGAGGGUCUCACGACGGGCAACAAGCUCGCCGGGAAACACCCUCUUGGUGCGCGCGCGCGCCACCUCCACACGAAAGGCGCCCUGAUCGUGCGCUUCGAGAUGCCCUUUGCGAUCUGGUGCACCAACUGCAAGCCCAAUGAGGUGCUCAUCGGCCAGGGAGUCCGCUUCAACGCCGAGAAGAAGCGCGUCGGCAACUACUAUUCCACGCCCAUCUACAGCUUUCGCAUGAAACACACGCUCUGCGGCGGAUGGAUCGAGAUUCGCACCGACCCGAAGAACACCGCGUAUGUCGUCACGGAAGGCGGGAGGAAGCGCGACACGGGCGAGGACAAGCUCACCGGUGAGCCGGGCGAGAUCCCUAUCCGUCUUGGGCCGGGGGACGAGGCGGAGAAAGACGCCUUCGCGCGUCUCGAGGGCAAAGUCCAAGACCAGAAGCAGUUCGAGACAGCGAAAAGUCGGAUUGAGGAGCUGCAGAAACGCCAGGACCGGGAUUGGGAGGAUCCAUACGAGAAGUCGAAGCGACUGCGGAGGGCCUUCCGCGAGGAGCGCAAGCGGCUCGAGAGAGCGGACGCAGCCAACGAAGCGCUGAAGGACAAGAUGAGUCUGGGUAUCGACCUGCUCGAAGAAAUGGAGGAGGAUCGCGUGCGCGCCGGUCUCGUGCAGUUCGGUUCCGCUUCUUCCGACGAUUCCGCCAGGGCGAGUCGCUUGAAGCCGAUGUUCGAAACGACGUCGUCCCGGUCACCGUCAUCUUCCCGCGACAACAAGCGUGGAGGAAGCGGGAAGCGACUGAAAUCGGAGGCUCUUGCCGCGGAAAGAAAAGCUCUGCUGAGCAGCGAGCUUCGAGGGAACACCCGCGCCGCGCUAGACCCGUUUCUCAACGAGGGCCAAAUCACCUGGCAACCAGCACUGCUGAAAACGCGCAAGACUCAGACGACACCCCGGGAUCAGGUCCAAGCUGAGCCUGAUGGUGAUGGAAAUGGAGAGACUGCAACCUCAACCCCCGAGCAAAAUCCCCUGGCAGAGGCAGCGGCAGUGGAAGUACCAGACGAAAAACAAGCGCCUGCAGGUCAGGCUGCGACGACGACGACGACAACGACAACAACGACGAAAGCAACACCAGCAUUAUCAACGGCGUUGGUAAAUUACGGGUCGGACACGGAGUGA